UUGGUAACUCUAUGUAACAUUUUGAGAAACUGUUAAAAUUGUUGCCUAAAGCAGCUGUACCACUUUGUGUAAAGUGGUAUUUUAUUGUGGUUUUGAUUUGGCCCAAAUGAGUUACAUAGAAAAGAUCAGAGUAGAUGGAGAUAGGUUUCUAGGAAGAGGUUGGAACUUGAACUGAAAGAAAGGGGAGAUUUGGAGAAUGGAGGGGGAUUACCAAAGGAAGACAAGUGGAAGUUAUAUGACUUGAAAGUGAGGAUAAACCGAUCUCAUUUCAAGAAUAGAGGAGCAGUCUUGGCUUAUGAUAGCUCUGCUCCAGUUUGUUUUGACUGUUCUUUAAAGGAUCCCAUUGCCAAAAUACACAAAAAGGUUGCUUUUUCUUGAGGCCUGUUGUAUAGCACAACUAACGUAUCUCUCUGCUUUGUGAUGAGACCAAGAAUUGGAAUGUGACUUCCUUCCAGGCCUUCUUCCUCUAAUGCCUAUUCCCCUCUUCCCUUUCUCCGCCACAGUGCUGUCCUCCCAGUCCGCAAAGGAGAAUGUAGAAAGACUUGGAGUGGUGGAAUAAAAGUCUCUUUGAAGACCAAGCUCUCCAUCAUUAGUGCUCAGAGUCAGCCACUUGAAUUUUCAUGACUUUUCUGGAAAACAUGUUGGUGCUACUCCAUCACUCUUUUCUUAGCCAUUGUAGUCAACUUAGAGGGAAUUGUACAGCAGAUAGGAAGGUUGAAACAGAAGGCAGAAUCCAGAGACCACAUUUGAAGUAUACGUUGAAGUGGCCUAUCCCAGGACAGGUGGCACUCUUUCAGAUCCUGAGGUGCAGAGGCAAUUCCCGGAGGACUACAGUGACCAGGAAGUUCUACAGACUUUGACCAAGUUUUGUUUCCCCUUCUAUGUGGACAGCCUCACAGUUAGCCAAGUUGGCCAGAACUUCACGUUCGUGCUCACUGACAUUGACAGCAAACAGAGAUUCGGGUUCUGCCGCUUAUCUUCAGGAGCGAAGAGCUGCUUCUGUAUCUUAAGCUAUCUCCCCUGGUUCGAGGUAUUUUAUAAGCUGCUUAACAUCCUGGCAGAUUACACGACAAAAAGACAGGAAAAUCAGUGGAAUGAGCUUCUUGAAACUCUGCACAAACUUCCCAUCCCUGACCCAGGAGUGUCUGUCCAUCUCAGCGUGCAUUCUUAUUUUACUGUGCCUGAUACCAGAGAACUUCCCAGCAUACCUGAGAAUAGAAAUCUGACAGAAUAUUUUGUGGCUGUGGAUGUUAACAACAUGUUGCAUCUGUACGCCAGUAUGCUGUACGAACGCCGGAUACUCAUCAUUUGCAGCAAACUCAGCACUCUGACUGCCUGCAUCCACGGGUCUGCGGCGAUGCUCUACCCCAUGUACUGGCAGCACGUGUACAUCCCCGUGCUGCCGCCGCAUCUGCUGGACUACUGCUGUGCUCCCAUGCCCUACCUCAUAGGAAUCCAUUUAAGUUUAAUGGAGAAAGUCAGAAACAUGGCCCUGGAUGAUGUCGUGAUCCUGAAUGUGGACACCAACACCCUGGAAACCCCCUUCGAUGACCUCCAGAGCCUCCCAAACGACGUGAUCUCUUCCCUGAAGAACAGGCUGAAAAAGGUCUCCACAACCACUGGGGAUGGUGUGGCCAGAGCGUUCCUCAAGGCCCAGGCCGCUUUCUUCGGUAGCUACCGAAACGCUCUGAAAAUCGAGCCGGAGGAGCCGAUCACUUUCUGUGAGGAAGCCUUCGUGUCCCACUACCGCUCCGGAGCCAUGAGGCAGUUCCUGCAGAACGCCACACAGCUGCAGCUCUUCAAGCAGUUUAUUGAUGGUCGAUUAGAUCUUCUCAAUUCCGGCGAAGGUUUCAGUGAUGUUUUUGAAGAGGAAAUCAACAUGGGCGAGUACGCUGGCAGUGACAAACUGUACCAUCAGUGGCUCUCCACUGUCCGGAAAGGAAGUGGAGCAAUUCUGAAUACUGUAAAGACCAAAGCAAAUCCGGCCAUGAAGACUGUCUACAAGUUCGCAAAAGAUCAUGCAAAAAUGGGAAUAAAAGAGGUGAAAAACCGCUUGAAGCAAAAGGACAUUGCCGAGAAUGGCUGCGCCCCCACCCCAGAAGAGCAGCUGCCAAAGACUGCACCGUCCCCACUGGUGGAGGCCAAGGACCCCAAGCUCCGAGAAGACCGGCGGCCAAUCACAGUCCACUUUGGACAGCUGCAGAGACUGCGUCCCACCCGACCGCCUCCCAAGAUACAGCGCUCGAGGCCCGUGCGCCCACCUCGUCCACAUGUUGUUAAGAGACCAAAGAGCAACAUCGCAGUGGAAGGCCGGAGGACGUCUGUGCCGAGCCCUGAGCACCUGGUAAAGCCCUUGCGACACUAUGCGGUCUUCCUCUCCGAAGACUCCUCUGAUGAUGAAUGCCAGCGGGAAGAGGGCCCGAGCUCUGGCUUCACCGAGAGCUUUUUCUUCUCCGCUCCCUUUGAAUGGCCGCAGCCAUAUCGGACACUCAGGGAGUCAGACAGCGCGGAAGGCGACGAGACAGAGAGUCCAGAGCAGCAAGUGCGGAAGCCCACAGGCCCUGUCCCAGCUCCCCCUGACCGGGCUGCCAGCAUCGACCUUCUGGAAGACGUCUUCAGCAACCUGGACAUGGAGGCCGCACUGCAGCCACUGGGCCAGGCCAAGAGCUUGGAGGACCUUCGUGCCCCCAAAGACCUGAGGGAGCAGCCAGGGACCUUUGACUAUCAGAGGCUGGAUCUGGGCGGGAGUGAGAGGAGCCGCGGGGUGACAGUGGCCUUGAAGCUUACCCACCCGUACAACAAGCUCUGGAGCCUGGGCCAGGACGACAUGGCCAUCCCCAGCAAGCCCCCAGCUGCCUCCCCUGAGAAGCCCUCGGCCCUGCUCGGGAACUCCCUGGCCCUGCCUCGAAGGCCCCAGAACCGGGACAGCAUCCUGAACCCCAGUGACAAGGAGGAGGUGCCCACCCCUACUCUGGGCAGCAUCACCAUCCCCCGGCCCCAAGGCAGGAAGACCCCAGAGCUGGGCAUCGUGCCUCCACCGCCCAUUCCCCGCCCGGCCAAGCUCCAGGCUGCCGGCGCCGCACUUGGUGACUUCUCAGAGCGGCUGCAGACGGAUCGGGACAGGCGAGCCGCCCUGAGUCCAGGGCUCCCGCCUGGCGUUGUCUCCCAAGGCCCCACUGAACUGCUCCAGCCGCUCAGCCCUGGCCCCGGGGCUGCAGGCACGAGCAGUGACGCCCUGCUCGCCCUCCUGGACCCGCUCAGCACAGCCUGGUCAGGCAGCACCCUCCCGCCACGCCCCGCCACCCCGAAUGUAGCCACCCCAUUCACCCCCCAAUUCAGCUUCCCCCCUGCGGGGACACCCACCCCAUUCCCACAGCCACCACUCAACCCCUUUGUCCCAUCCAUGCCAGCAGCCCCACCCACCCUGCCCCUGGUCUCCACACCAGCCGGGCCUUUCGGGGCCCCUCCAGCUUCCCUGGGGCCGGCUUUUGCAUCCGGCCUCCUGCUGUCCAGUGCUGGCUUCUGUGCCCCUCACAGGUCUCAGCCCAACCUCUCCGCCCUCUCCAUGCCCAACCUCUUUGGCCAGAUGCCCAUGGGCACCCACACGAGCCCCCUACAGCCGCUGGGUCCCCCAGCAGUUGCCCCGUCGAGGAUCCGAACGUUGCCCCUGGCCCGCUCAAGUGCCAGGGCUGCUGAGACCAAGCAGGGGCUGGCCCUGAGGCCUGGAGACCCCCCGCUUCUGCCUCCCAGGCCCCCUCAAGGCCUGGAGCCAACACUGCAGCCCUCUGCUCCUCAACAGGCCAGAGACCCCUUUGAGGAUUUGUUACAGAAAACCAAGCAAGACGUGAGCCCGAGUCCGGCCCUGGCCCCGGCCCCAGACUCGGUGGAGCAGCUCAGGAAGCAGUGGGAGACCUUCGAGUGAGCCGGGCCCUGAGGGUGGGGGAUGCACCGAGGCCCGAGGGUCCGUCCACUGCUGCGGUUCCAAGGCUCCCCCGCCACUCUCUCUCUGCCCAGGUUCUGCUGGUGGGAAGGGAUGGGACCCCUCUCUGCUGCCCCCUCCUCCCCUCCACACUGCCCAUCUCUGAGGUCUGGCCCUGGGGAAUGGCACCAGUUCCAGCCUGGGAAUCAACCCAGUUCCUGAGUGCCCAUCCCACCCCGCGGUUGCCCCUCCUCGGCACCCUUGAUUAGGUUUUGCACUAAAGAGGUCAGCUGGGCCAAUGAUGAUACUGCUCCAGACCGAGUCCUACCCACCUUCCCCCUGGAAGUGUCCCGAGAGGCUCCGAAGGCCUCCCCUCCGAGCCCAGCUCUCCUGUCUCCUCCACAGCCAGGCCCUGCACGCCCACCUCCUCGGACACAGGUGACAGGGUUACUCUCCAGUUUGAGCUCAUCUGCAUGAGACACGGGUGGCUUGGGGUUGAAGUUAGGACUCCUCCUGGGCUGGAGGAUUUACCUGGUGGGGCACUUCCAGACUGUUUCUAGCAAUAUACAGCACACGUUCUUUCCUGUGUCUUCACCCCAAAACUUCAGUUGAUUCUGACCUGGGAGGAUCUGGGGACCAGGGGGUCUUGGGCUGCCUUGUGAUACACAGCCCCAGCCACCCUGCACGGGGGCUGCGAGCACCAGCAACUUUGAUUUAUAGAAGGAAAAUGGAAACCCCCAUCUGAGUAUUUUGGGAGGAGCCCCCAGCCCUCAUCCAGCUCUGGCACGGCACGCUGAUACCUCCAGGUACUCCCCUCACUGUCAAAGCUGGGGCUCAGCCUCUUGUCAUCUGGAGCUUUGUGGGCAAAGCUGAGAAGCUGCGACCCAGAUUUCAACCCAAAAAGGUCAAGCUGAAUGCCUCAGACUGAUGUGGAAGGCAGCUGGCCUUCCUGGGUUGGAACGAGGCAGUGGCCCUCCAGGCCCUGGAGAAGGCUCCAGGGCCAGGUAGAAAGGACAAACUUGGUCUCUGCCUCGGAGAAGCAGGAGGAGGGCUAGAAGCCAGUCCCUCCCCACCUGCCCAGAGCUCCAGGCCAGCACAGAAAUUCCUGAGGCCAACGUCACCAAAGUUAGUUAGAUUGAAUGUUUAUUAUCUUUUUCCUUUUUACCUUAUUGAUUUGAUGAAUCUUGAAAUGGAUUCAUUUCCAUAAACCAAGUUAAAGUAUGGCCCGACCAUUUAAGAAAACAACCAUCUGAGACACGCAGGAAAUUGUGAGCAUUUCGACCCAAGCUCUCAUUUCCUAUUUGUGAAGGGUCAAACACAGUCUACCCAGGGGUAUCUGAGGGGUCUCUGGAGAUGUCACCCAGGGAGCCCCCUCUAUGUCUGAGAGGCCGCCACUGCUGCACAUGCUCAGUGAGGCUUGGCGGCCGUCCUGGCACAUGGCUCUUCCUGGGUCAACCGUGACCUGUCUGGCUCAGGAAUGGGCUCUGGCUGCUGGGGGAGCCGUGUCACUCCUGGGCCAUGGGGGCACCUCGCGGGCACUUAGGUGUUUCAGCAUAGAUUCCAGUUUCACUCCCUGGGCAGACCCCCAGGCCCCAUCCGGGAUAGGGCAGAGGAGGUGCUGGUGGCCCCAGGGAAGGAGGGUGUGUACCCCAAGGCCCCCUGGCUGUGCUGAGGGGCUGGGGUGAGCGCUCCAUGUUCACAUGAGCACUGCUGCCUCUUCACUUGUGGGACUUUGCAAACCCAAGGAUGAACUUUGUGUGCAUUCAAUAAAAUCAUCUUGGGGAAGAG